GAGUAUUCAAUUACAGUAAUUUUUAUCUUAAUUCAUGUUGGCUGUACUAUACCCCCAGGAGAAAAUGGUAAAGACUUACCGAAUAACUUUCAUCAGGAACAAUAUCAAGCUAGAAUAAAAAUACCUACAGACUCUGGUACAGCUUCAGGUUGUAAAUUCGGAAAAAAACCAGUAAAAAUUUAUAAAACUGAUGGUAAUGGAAAAACAUUUCUUGACAUUUCCUAUAUAAAUGUCGGAUAUAACUACGAAUACAAUAUUAAUUGCGGACCAGUGAGUGAAAGUGAGUCACACUAUCCAUCUCAAGAUGAUAAUGCUAUCACCUAUGGGGGUGGACAUAAACCUCAUAGACCAAUUUUUGGUGGACAUCACAAACCAGGAUUUGGAAAUCAUCAUAAACCAGGAUUUGGUAAUAAACCAGGAUUUGGUAAUAAACCAGGAUUGGGUGGAAAUCACCAUGGUACUGAAUCAGAAGAUACAGAUUUAGAAGAAAACCAUAAUAGUAAUAGGCCAAACCGACCAUUUCUCUCUAACUUUUUUGGAAACAGACCAUUUCAAAAUCUUUUUGGACAAUCACAUCAAACGUCAGAAGCUCAACAACCUGGUGUUUUCAACAACAUCGUUACCAGUGUCACCAGCAUAUUCCCUUCUCCUCAAGAAUUUGGACAAGGUUUAGGAGACGGUAUUUCAUCAUUUAUCCUCACAAUACCUCAAAUAGGACAAAGUUUUCAGUCAUUGUUACCUAAUUUUGGUAACUUUUUUGGUAGUACACCUGCAGUACAGAAUAUACCUAAUCCACCUAACCCUGUGGACCCUGGGGAAAUACCUGUGAAUAUAAAUUACAACGAUGAGAUAAAACCAGUUCACGAAGAUCAUGAUCCUGUUACAGAUCCCUACAAGAAUCGUCUCCGACCUGGUCAGUAUUUGGUGGCUUCACAUCCACUGUUCGGUAGUGCCACAUUUGACUUAUCACGCAUUAACCCUAUCAAACUUUACCAACAAUUUACUGAUGAGGUGGUGGAUUAUUUUGGAGAUUUUUUUUAAUUUAGAAGAUAGAACUAACUACAUGUUUUCAUGGGGUUAUUCUAAUUCUACAAACUUUUAUCCAAAAUACCAAAAUUAUUAUUCGAGAACCAAACAAGAGAACUACCAAAUUGCAAGUAGAAGUUUCGUUCGAGAUGAAGAAGAAAUGAUCAAUCCUAGAUCCUAUGAAGGAAGAAGAACUCAGUAUAAAGAUAACCGUAAUAUUAAAUUUCCUUCUUAAGAAUUAUAUUAUAUUGCGAAUAUUAAAAUAUAAAAUAAUAAAA